AUGCUGGAAAUGCCUGACGAGAGGCUAGAAGAACUACUUGACACGACUGUACUACUGUCAAGUAAGGAACUUGAGGCACUGACUGAUAUGCCAGACGACAACGAGGUCGAUGAAUUACUAGGCAUGGUAACCGCGGCAUUGGAGCUUGUUGAGUUUGGUGACGACGAUGAUGAGAACUCUGCGAGUGAUGUGGCAAUGAAAGACGAGGUAGUACCAAGAAAGUACGAGCUGAAACUGCUGAGAAUACCCCCAGAUGAAGUCGUUGAACUGGCGACACUCGACUGUGACAACGACGCAGUAAAUGAAUAUGUCAGACUCGAGCUUACUAAGGUUGUUGAAGGUGAGGCACUUGUGAUGCUUGCUAAUAUGUCACUGGAGGUGACAUCGGAGGGAUUUGGUAUAGAAGAAGACAACAGUGAUGUGGAAGAUAUUGAGCCCGCACUAUAUGUCAACUGA